ACCUACGUCGGAUCGUAACCGUGCUCUACCUGUCUGUCGUUCAUUAAUAAGUAAAAGAGGGUACUGUGUCUGCGACACUAAUCAGUUCCUAGUAACCAUGGCGGGUUACCUCAAAGCUCUGACGGCUGUGACCAGAAGUACAGCCGCUGCACUGUCGCAAACCCCCGCUGUGCUCUCACCGGCCGCCGUCUGCCAUAACCGGCUGCAACAGAGGAACUAUGCCACAAAGCGCAUCAAGGCGGACCAGCCGGUGGUGGAGAUGGACGGCGAUGAGAUGACUCGCAUCAUCUGGGAGUUCAUCAAAGAGAAGCUCAUCCUGCCCAAUGUGGAUGUUGAGCUGAAGUACUUUGACCUGGGUCUGCCCUACCGUGACCAGACAGACGACCAGGUCACCAUCGACUCCGCUCUGGCAACGAAGAAAUACAAUGUGGCUGUCAAGUGUGCCACCAUCACCCCCGACGAGGACCGAGUCGAGGAGUUCAAGCUAAAGAAGAUGUGGAAAAGUCCUAAUGGAACCAUCAGGAACAUCUUGGGUGGCACCGUUUUCCGUGAGCCAAUCCUCUGUAAAAACAUCCCUCGUCUUGUGACCGGUUGGACACAAGGCAUAACAAUCGGCAGACACGCUUUUGGCGAUCAGUACAGGGCCACAGACUUUGUUGUUGACCAGCCCGGCAAGUUCAAGAUGGUGUUUGUCCCAGCCAAUGGAAGCAAGCCGAGGGAGUGGGAGGUGUAUGAUUUUCCCGCUGGGGGCUGUGGGCUGGGAAUGUACAACACUGAUGAGUCCAUCAGUGGGUUUGCUCACAGCUGCUUCCAGUACGCGAUCCAGAAAAGGUGGCCUCUGUACAUGAGCACCAAGAACACCAUCCUCAAGGCCUACGACGGGCGCUUCAAAGACAUUUUCCAAAACAUCUUCGAGAAGGACUACCAGCCAAAGUUUGACAAGCUGAAGAUCUGGUACGAGCACCGUCUUAUUGACGACAUGGUGGCCCAGGUCCUGAAGUCUUCUGGAGGAUUUGUUUGGGCCUGCAAGAAUUAUGAUGGAGAUGUGCAGUCAGACAUUCUGGCUCAGGGUUUUGGUUCUUUAGGUCUCAUGACAUCAGUGCUUGUGUGCCCCGACGGAAAGACUAUCGAGGCCGAGGCCGCCCACGGCACUGUGACCAGGCACUACCGCGAACACCAGAGGGGAAGAUCAACCAGCACCAACCCCAUCGCGAGCAUCUUCGCUUGGACCAGAGGACUGGAGCAUCGAGGCAAACUGGACGGAAAUCCUGAUUUGAUAAAAUUCUGCCAGAUGUUGGAAGAAGUCUGUGUGACAACUGUGGAGAAUGGUGUGAUGACCAAAGACCUUGCAGGCUGCAUCCAUGGCUUGGCCAACUGCAAGCUGAAUGAACAUUAUGUGAACACAUCGGACUUCCUGGAUGCUAUCAGGACCAACUUGGACAAAGUUCUGAGCAAAUGGUAGACACACUUGCCAAUGUAGAAAAAAAACCAAAUGUUUUUUUAGCCACUUUUUAUCCUUCAUUUGUAUAAAUCUUUGUAUCCAAUUUUGAAGGAACCAAUUUAGCCAUUUUUGUGCCAUUUUUGUAUAUGUAUAGCUCACUGACACAUAACUGUGCUCACGGUCCUCUGCUUUUCCUGUUGCCAAAUGUCCAGCUAAUUUAAGUGUAUGUAUCAAUAUCAAUGCUAUUGUUAAGUGUUCCCUGAAGAUGCCUUCCCAUUUAAUUAGCAGGUAUCUUCAGGGACUAGAGUGUACAAAAAAGAACAAUAAUGCCAUGUUUCCUAAUUCUGCUUGGUUGUAAUUCUGUUCUUAUCUUCAUCAGCAACACUGUUCAGUGCUGUUAACCUGAACAUAGGAGCAGAAAAUGCACAAUUAUUUUGGGGGUGAUUGGAUGAAUUUUCCAAAUCCUCUGCACUAUGAUGAUACUCACCAAUUCAAUCAGUCAGUUAUUGAUGGGUGCAGAACUGCUGAGGCUUGCUGCAGUUGGACAAUUCAGAUUGUGUCGGGUAAAUUGUCAAUCACACCUAAAUUUACCUUCAGACUAUGUAUCUGUUAAUCUAGGUUACCUGGUUUUCACUGUUAUCAAGUAAACAAAGUAGACUUAAGCAAAACAUACCUUCAGGAAGUAAAUGUGAAUCGGAUGUCAUCAGGCCCGGCUGGUCAUCUAAUUAAAGGACAUGCAAACUGACUUAACGGUUAGUUUGACAGUGUGUGGUUCUUGCCGUUCAUUCUCAAUCGACAGCAUUUGGUACUCUAACAUCUUGACAGAAGUUAACUUUAUAACUGAACCACUGACCAGGGAAUAUGCUCGUCUCUUUCUCCCAGUCACUAAAAUGUCAAAAGAAAAUAGUCAAGGUGCCUCUAUCAAAAUAAUUACCAUUUCGAUUAGCUCUUUUCCCCUCGUAUUUUAAUUUCCUCCUGGUGGAACAUUCCUAUGCAACUAUGAAGUGCUGAAGAACCUCCCACUUAAUCUGAUCUGCAGCCAUAAAAGAGUUGUAUCUGAUCAAAUUGUUCAAUCCCGUCCUGGGACAUGCUUUCCUAUGGAAGUAUAAUUGCUGAGAAAUGCAAAGCAUCGGUGAAACAGUUUAGAACCAAUGCAUUUUACAGAGGGUGGGUCUGCACUAGAGUUGACCGAGGCUUCAGAGACCACAGACGAAACCCAAAAGUUGGAUCUCAGUUCCCACAACAGGCAACACGUCCGAAGGCAAGACGUUAACCUCCUGCCAGCUGACUGCAUAACAAAUUAAGAGUGAUUACCGGUUAAUAUUAAGGGAGGAUACUCCCUUUACAGUUAAUAAAUAAAUCAAAUGUGUGAUCUGC